AUGCCCUCCCCCUUUUUCAACCCCGGGACAACUUCUUCCGCCGACCAACUCGCCAUCCUCCACCUCCGCCGAGACGCCCUCGUCCCGACAAUCCUCCGCACCCACGACGACGAAGAGCAAGGCUACGACGAAGGCAAAGUCGUAAACACACGAUUCGGCUCGUUUCCCCACACUACACUAAUCAAUCAACCAUGGGGCUCUCAAAUAGUAGCCUCAGAUGUCAACACCGGUAAAAGAUCGCGCACAAAAGGGAAAAGAAAAGCGGCUGCUCUGGCUGAUGGUGGUGACGAUACUACUACCAGCAAUGCCGCGACGGCCGCAUCCCCGAAAGCUGCGAGUAGCGGGUUCAUUCACUUAAUUCCACCUACGCCCGAGUCGUGGACUUCGGCAUUGCCGCAUCGGACGCAGGUGGUUUACACACCGGAUUAUAGCUAUAUUCUGCACAGACUACGUGCUUCGCCGGGCAAGACGAUUAUCGAGGCUGGUGCGGGGAGUGGCUCGUUUACGCAUGCCGCUGCUCGAGCCGUCUUUAACGGAUAUGCGAGUCUAGAACCUGCACAAAAAAAGCAAAAGACAGGGUUCGGCAAAGUCUGCAGUUUCGAAUUCCACGCAACAAGAGCAACGAAAGUUCAAGAAGAGUUGAAACAACACGGCCUCGAAGAUGUGGUCCGCGUCACGCACCGCGACGUCUACAAUGAUGGCUUCUUACUUCCUAAUGAAAUUGAAAAUUCUACUGAGAAAAUAUCACCAAAAGCAAACGCAAUAUUUUUGGAUCUUCCAGCCCCCUGGCUAGCCCUCAAACAUCUCACCCGUCAACCCGCUGACGGCACCGAAUCCGCCCUUGACCCGUCAAGCGCAGUACGCAUAUGUACAUUCUCGCCGUGCAUGGAACAAGUCCAGAAGACAAUUAGCGUCCUCCGCCAACAAGGUUGGCUGCAAAUUUCAAUGGUAGAGGUACUGCAUCGACGGAUUGAAGUCCGCAGAGAAGUCGUAGGUCUCGAGACGGAGGGCGUCAGAAGGGCGAUGGUGUAUCCGCGGUCGGUGGAGGAGGCGGUAGGCAAAUUGAGGGUUGUGGAGGGACGGCUGAAGGAGUUUCAAAAAGCUCAAAGGGAGGCGGCUGAAGCUGCUGCUGCCGCUGCUGCCAACGGCGAAGCCGCUCCUGUCAAAGCUGAGGAGGAAUCAGUUGAAGAAAAAGAACAGGAAAUUCAGAAACAGCAAGCAACCAACCAGACUAAAGAAACUUCGUCACAAAUUCCAUCGUACGAAAUGGGCCGAUUGGUUCAUCGCACAGAACCGGAUCUCAAGACGCACACUUCAUAUCUCGUUUUUGCAGUCUUGCCUCGCGCAUGGUCUGCGGAUGAUGAGCGGAAAGCGAGAGAACUGUGGCCUUCGCGACCUGCAUAG